CUUUGCUUCUCUCCCUAUAUCAGGUUCAACAGCCAUGGCAAGGAAUCUCUCAGACGAUUAUGAGUUCCUGAUAAAAGAGUUGAACACCUGGGAAUUCCCAAGUGACAUCACCCCUUCCGAACUCCUCCUUAUUAGUGAAGCUUCCUUCCCAGUGCUGGUGAACAGAAGUUACCAGGUCCUCAUUGGUGCUUCCCACUACGGUCAGGGCCGCAUAGUGGUGCUGUCACAUGAAAAUUGCCUGUACAGUGACAAAAUGGCUCCCUUCCUCAAAAAUGCUGUGAAGUGGCUCGGACAAAGUAAAGAAAACAGCAUUGGGGUGAACAAAUCUGUAGAACACCUGGCUGGUAUCCUCCAAGACGCUGGGAUCAAGGUACAGAUAGUCAGUUGUUGUCAUUCGCUGAGUGUUUUCUGCACUGAUGCCUUUGGCAGCACCAACGCCAAACAGCUAGUUCAAUUUGUGAAGAAUGGUGGAGGGUUGCUCAUUGCAGGCCAUACUUCAAAAUGGGCAAAAGAACACAGUGACUCAAUUCUAGACAACUUCCCUGGGAACCAUGUGACUAGCGUGGCCGGCAUAUACUUCACUGAAACCCAGGCAGACAUCCGUAAUCUUAAAUUAUAUCAGAAGAUACCUAAGAUUCCUCUCAAAAUCAAGUUUGAGGAGGAUAUCUCCAAAGAUCAGCAACGGAUUCUGGAUGGAAUCUCAAAGCUAGACAUCAGAGAUGGUGGGAUUCCAUCUCGCCUGUUAGUCCAUGGGUGUUUGGCUUUCCCUCUUGGACUUAGUGACCCUUUUGACUGUUCUGUGGCAGGAGCCCGCUAUGGUCUAGGUCGAGUGAUAGUUCUUUCCCAUGAGGGCUUGCUCUUCUCUCCUAAAUUGGGUCAAUUUCUGAUCAAUGCUGUUCGUUGGCUGAAAGGAGAUCAGACAGGCAAAAUUGGAGUGAUCCCACAAUGUCAAAACUUAUUCCACUGGCUCACUAAAAAUGGCAUGGAUUGUACUUUACAAAACAAUGUGUCUGCUGACUUGAGUGUCUACUGCUGCACUGUGUAUGAUGACAAACAGGCGAAGCAAAUUCUGGAGUUCGUGGCAGAAGGUGGAGGAUUGCUGAUUGGAGGCCAGGCCUGGUAUUGGGCCUCUAAGAACCCAAACAAGUCUGUUUUUUUUGACUUUACUGGUAACCGCAUUCUCAAUUCCUUUGGCAUAUCCAUCCUUAAUCAGUAUGUAAAUAAGGGCCACUAUGAUUGCCCUGAGCCAGGGCUAAAGAACUAUCACUUCCGCGUAGCUAUAGCCCAGUUCUUUGAUGAGAUAAAAAAUAAGACUGGAAAGUUCCCAAAGGACUGGCACUCAAAGCUCAGCAUGGACUAUUCAGCUUUCCUAUGGAUGUCUACAGAAGAAAUCCCCUUCUAUGACCAUGUACAUCGAAUGUUAAAGAAGGUGAUAAAAAUGACUAAGCUUCCCAUUAUCAACAAUAACAAUCCUUUGUUCAAAAACUCCUGUAAUAACACUCUGAUCCACCUAGCCUCUGAACUGUCCUAUGUCAAGCCAGAUUUUGCUUCAAAACUCUACAAAUCAGGGUACCAAACUCCCAUCCUUCCUUCCUCCUCGCCAGCACACUCUGUCAACAUGGAGAUGAAUCUCACAAGUCAAAAUGGCAAUAUUUGGAAAAGUACUGGACUUUACCUCCCUCAAGGCUACACUCUAAAUAUAACAAUACCACCUUCUGCUUGCUCCUCUAACAUACAGGUACAAAUUGGCUGCCACAGUGACAACCUGAUGAAUCAUGAUAAGAUAAUCAGAGCACCUAUAGUUGUUUACCGAUAUGACUUGGCCAAACCAGAUAAUUCAAUCUCCACCUUCUGGGGUGGCCUUGUCUAUAUCAUUGUGCCCGAUGGCUGUUCCUUGGGAAAUACAACUGUCACCUUUACUGGAGCUGUACCUGCCCCUUACUUCAUACUUGGAAAGACAUCUGUGGAGGAAUGGAAGAAUUCCAUCCGUCACCAUCCAGUGCCCUGGGGGGAACUCCAGGCAGAUAGCAUUAUCCUGACAGUGCCAGCUAAAAGUCUACAACGUAUAGAGAACCCUGAACCCGUGCUCCGCCUCUGGAAUGAGAUGACAGAAGCCAUAGCCAAACUUAGUGCCAAGCCCCACCCAUUUCCUCAACAUGAGAGAAUUGUCACUGAUGUGCAGAUCGCAUAUGGUUGGAUGCAUGCAGGGUACCCUAUCAUGGGCUUCUUAGAUGUAGCGGAUGAACUAAUCUCUGAAGAAAUCAUAAGGAAAAAAGGCUUGUGGGGUCCCAUUCAUGAGCUGGGUCAUAACCAGCAAUUUCAUGCCUGGGAGUUUCCCCAACAUACCACUGAUGCCACCUGCAACCUUUGGUCUAUCUAUGUGCAUGAGAAAGUUUUGAAGAUCUCCAGGAAUCAUGUACACCCUGCACUGAGGCCUGAACAACGGCAAAAAAGAUUGGAAGAAUUUAAGAAAAAGGGUUCUCCCUUGUCAAUGUGGUAUACUUGGACAGCCCUGGAAACAUAUCUGCAGUUGCAGGAAGCCUUUGGCUGGGAGUCUUUCAUCCAAGUCUUCAAAACAUACCAACAGCUGACUAAUGUGCCUGAAGAGAAAGAAAGCAAAAUGAACCUGUGGGUGACAAAGUUCUCUGAACAGGUGCAGAAAAAUCUGGUUCCUUUCUUUAAGGCCUGGGGCUGGCCUGUUCAGAAGGAGGUGGAAACAGCCAUUGCCCACCUGCCUGAAUGGAAGGAGAACCCCAUGAAGGUGUAGUUCCACAAGAAUUUAAAAAUAGCCUGCAAGACUGAAAUGUGUCUAUAAAGAGUACCCCUAAAGGCUCCAGUUUGUUGUUCUUUGCCUUUGGCCUUUCAGUCUCAUGUCAAAACAAGUUGUAGCAAAUAAGGAAAUUGUCUUCCCAAUUUUUUCAUAGAUAAGGGCUCAAGAUAUAGCCCCAUUUUUUUUUUUCUUUUGAGAUAAAUGGAUGGCUUACAUGGGCUGGCAGCAAAUUCCUUUCUGAUAAAUAUCCGAUUACUUUAUAACUAAGUAAAAAGCUUGGUUAUGAUUGAAGGCCAUCAGCUUUCUUUCACUGGAAAAUAUGACUUUAAGAGAUCUGAAAAUUCUGUCUGGGCUUUUCUCUUUGACUAGAUAUCCUAAGAGAUCUAGUUGGGGUUCCAAACUGAGAAACAAAUUUAGUGUAAGAGAAGAAAUUCACCUAGCUCUUUAUCUUAAGUACUUCAUUCUCAAACUCUACCAGCUUUUAGCUUGUCUCAAAUGGGCAGUCCACUUAUUUCUCACAAAAAUACUUAAAGUUAACACUUAUACCUCCAAUUCCCUUUCCAGUUCAAUUCCCCAACAGAUUUUUUGUGAUCUCUGAAGAAGUCUAGAUCUAAAUGCCUCCUACACCAAUUCUCUGAAUUCAAUUUAUGUUGCCUGUUGAUGCAGAGUAUGCUAUCUUAUGCAUGUGAAUGGCCUUUGCCAUGAGAAUGGAAAAGAAUUCAUUUAAUGUUUCUCAUCAUUUAAUCUUUACCCAUAUUGGUAAAGUUUUCUUAAACACAGAAAGAGGAUGGUUAUCACAUUCUACCUUAUAGCAAACUGAUUUGUUUCAAUGUGGUACAUUUUUCCUGACUGUCUCCCAUACUCCAAAUAGUCUUCCCCCUCCACUCUGCAUCCUGAAUUCCUUCCCUAGCUUCCUUUAGGUCUUAAAGAACUUAAUUUUAAA